AUGCCGGCCCGGGCUUGGAGCCACCCCUCUGCCAACGCUCUGCCGCGGCGGCCCCGGCCCCCGUACACCCGUCCCCGGCCGCUGCCCCCGGCCUCCCUGCUCGCCCGCUGCACCGGCGCCAACGUCGCCCGCCGUCUAAUGAGGAUUGUGCCAGAAUGCCUGUGUGCCAAAUGUAAGAGACGUAUGCGCAGAGAUAAGAGUGAGAUGACUAAGCACCUUCGCACGCAUGGAUUUAUGCCCAACUUUAACAUGCCGAUAAACUUUGCCCAGCGGGGCCGUGGUAGAGAGGAGGUGAUACGACAAAGCGUCGCUGGUUAUGAGGACGAUGGGGUUAGAGACAUGCUAGAUGAUGUCUUUGUUGCACAGCCGACACCUCCUUCACAUUCAGCGAAUGAACCGGAGGAGCCGGGGGAAACCGCAAAGGCCUUCCUGGAUAUCUUGGCCUUGUCAAAGAAACCUCUUUAUGAGGGUGCCAAGCUCUCUGUGUUGGAUGCCAUCUCGCAACUGAUGGCAGUCAAGGCUGAGUACGGCUGUAGCAGAGGUUGCAUCGAAGCAUUUCUAGGAGUAUGGGCUAACAGCCUGCCUGAGGGCCAUGAACUGCCGAAAACCAUGUACGCUACGAAGAAAAUCAUGAAGGCGCUCUCCAUAGAUUAUGAGAAAAUACAUGUUUGUCCAAAGAAUUGCCUUUUGUUUAGGCAUGAGUAUGCGAAUGAAAACUACUGUAGGAAGUGUGGUUCCUCUCGGUAUAUUGAGGUGGUCGAUGAGCAGGAUCAGAAGCAGCAGCUAAAAAUCCCUGUGAAGGUUCUUCGGUAUCUUGAUUUUAUAAAAAGACUGCAGCGCCUUUUCAUCACCGAGGAGUCUGCCAAAAUGAUGAAGUGGCACAAGGAAGGGAAAAUGUACAAUCCAAAUAAAAUUGUACAUCCAUCAGAAGGUGAAGCAUGGAAGUCAUUCGAUAUAGAAUACCCGGAGGAAGCAGUCAAGGCUGGGAAUGUCAGAAUUGCUAUAUCAGGUGAUGGGUUCAAUCCAUAUGGUAUGUCGUCUAAUCCAUACAGCUGCUGGCUCGGAAAGGCAAAGUCAAAGGCAAAGGCAAAGGCAAAGGCAAAGGCAAAGGCAAAGCCACAAGCGAAGACGAGGGCGAGGGCGAGGGCAAAGGAAAAGGACAUCAAACUUCCAUACAACAUCGACGUGAUGCACACCGAAAAGAAUGUCGCCGAGUCCCUUUUUCGCAUGAUCCUCGACAUUCCUGAUAAGACAGAGGAUAAUGUUAAUGCUAGAGUCGAUCAACAGAAUAUUUUGUGA